UCGUGCAGCUGGAUUAGGAAUUUUAUUUUUUCUAUUUUUACUCCGCUGCGGAUAAGUCGGACAUUCUUUCCCGUGUAUUUUUAUGGUGGUGUAGCAUGGCCAACGCUGCGGAAUCAGACGAUGGGCGCAGUAGCCCCCCGGGGGAUUUCGCAUGGGGCGCCACCCUGCCCGACGACGAUCCAGUCAUGAAAGACGCUGCCGUCGGCCGUCGUGACGCGAUUCUCUUCGUCAUCGACCUGUCCCGGCCCAUGCACGCCCUGGCCACCCGCGCGGGGCAGGCCCCUGAGACGCCGUCGCAGUCCGCGCUGCGCCUGUCCCUCCACGCCGUCCGCACCGCCAUUCGCCACCGCAUCUUCGCACAGGAUCAUAGUCUCGCGGGGAUCCUGCUGUACAAUACCAGCCAGUCGGCGGGGACCCGCUUCCCGCACAUCGUCGUGCACGAGGAACUGCGGGAGCCGGGCGUGGAGACCGUGCUGAAGAUUGAUCAACUGCUGGCCAGCAGUGCGCAGCAGCUGACAGCGGAGUAUGGGUGUGUGGAGAAGUGCGCCGUGGGGGAUGUGCUGUGGGCGUGUAACUCCUUGUUUGUCCAUGCCCCCGUUAAGCUGGCGCGCAAGCAGAUUUGUAUCUUCACCGCCAACGACAAUCCGCACGGGAAAGAUAAGAAAGCCACAGCCUUUGCUCGCCAGAAAGCAUUCGAUGCCAUGGCAUACAAAAUCGAAACGAUCAUUUUCCCGUUGGUGCGCGUCGAACCAGCCGGGCAGUUCAACAUGCAGCUCUUCUGGCAGGGCAUCGUCCAGGGCAACGGCGAGGAGGGGAUGGCGGUCGGGCGCAGCGGCCUGGGCGAUUGGCGGGAUCUGGAGGCGCCCAUCCGCAUCAAGGACGCCGACACCCGGCACGUGGCCCGCCUCACGCUGUCCUUCGGCGACGGACUGGAGUGCGCCGUGUCGGUGUACAGUCUCACGCGCGAAGCCAAGCGUCCCAUCCCCGUCAAACUCUCCAAACACACGCACGAAGAAGUAAAAACACAACGGCUGUGCGUGGAUAUGGAGAAGCAGGACGUGCUGCUGCCGAGCGCUGUGAAGCACUUCCUCACCUACGACAACCGCCAGCUGUACUUCACCGCGCAUGAAAUGGAACAGCUGAAAUGCUUCGGGCCGCCCGGCUUCUGGAUUAUUUGCUUCAAAGCCCUGAAGCAUCUGGACCCCGUCUUCCACUUCCGCGCCGCCCACUUCCUGUACCCCAACGAAGUGGCCAUGCGGGGAUCAACGAAGCUGUUCGCGGCGCUGCUGAUCAAGUGCCUGGAGAAGCAAGUCAUGGCACUGUGCCGCUACAUUCCGCGCCCUCGUGAGCCGCCGCAGUUGGUGGCGUUGGUGCCGCAGGAUACGCAGCGCGACGCGAACGGGAAGCAGACCACGCCCAGCGGGUUCCUCAUCGUCUUCCAGCCGUUUGCCGAUGAUCUGAGGGAGAGGGUGGCGCUGGAGUACAACCGGCCGACGGCCAGUGCGACGGCGGUGGAAAAAGCCACGGAGCACGUCAAGCGCCUCCAUAUCUCCUGCCAACCCCAGAGCACGUACAACCCGGUGUUGAUCAAGCACCGUCGCACGGUGGAGUCCGUGGCGCUGAAGGAGAAAGUGGAGAAGGAAACGGCGGAGCAGCGGCUUGAGAAGGACCGGUUGAUGGACCAGACCUGGCCACGGGUCGAUGAGCAGGAGAGCGGGCCGGUGCGCUGA